GUUCCGGGCGGAGCAGCCGUUGACGCAGGGCGGCCGACUGUUGCUGGUUUUCAGGCUUUCAGCGUCGAAAUCACGAAUAAACACUUGGACUUGGACCCAGUCACCGGCACCGCUCCCCAUCAGUGUGAUGUAACUGCGGUGAAGGUGAAGAUGGACGGAGGGAUGUUCGAGUUAGCCGGUGCCAGUCUUCCCCUCUCCACUCUACGCCUCCUCAUCCCACCCAUCCGCUUGUUGUCUGCUGCCAUCUGGCAGACUGUGGAGCAGAAAAUCGUGUCGGAUUAUGGGCUGCUUGAAGAGUUUGUCUUUAUGGUCACAGAGAUUGUUCCUCAGCUCCUCUCCACAAGGCAGCGAGCUGAGCUCAUUUUGGGUCUCAGAGCACGACUUAUCUUGGAGCUGUGUCGCUCUGACGAGACGGCUGACCUGCAGGUGAUUCAGCCACACCUGGACCGGAUGCAGAACCUCAGAUCUCUGUGGAACGUAGAGUCUGUAGCAGAACAAGAAUCAUCUGACUCUCAUUUCACGGGUCUCAUCCAAAAUCUUCUGAGAGAUCCCGAUCAGAGGUUAAGCUUUUUCCAAGAUGUUUUCCCAGGAGACUUUGGGCCCACGUAUGACAAAGCAAUCCAAACACUGAUGUGGCUGUUUGUGUCCAGACUGGAAAAGCUGCUUCCCAAUCACACUCUCCCGCAGAUUUCUUCGCUGCUCAGUGAUACCUCGUCUGUCCUCAAUGAAUGCUUGGAGUCUGCUGUCCAACCCGAGGAUCUCAGACUCCUACUGGACACUCAGAAAGAUCUUGUCCAGUUGGAAGACACUGUGUCUUGCGCUGACAGCAGCAUCCUGUCGGCCCUCUGUCUCCCUCCUGUGGAAAGAGUCGUGAUCGUCAAUGAGCAAACGGAAGCCGAUGCUGAGACUGGCCUCGUGUACACUGUGUGCACAGAAAUGGAGGUGGAAUCUGAGAACAAAGAAGUGUACGUGGAGGGAACAGGGACCUCGAGUGAGUGUGUGCAAACCGAGUGGUUUGGUAUCAGUAGUGAACUGAAAACGGAGAUAGACAGCGUCGUCGUGGCCGACCCGACCGAAGGCGUAGAGGCCAGUGAGUGUGAAAUGGCAGAUGAGCAGCCGGGGGAACAAUCAGGGACACUGAUCAUCGGGGAAGAUGGCCAGGUGUCAGUGCUGGAUGGUGCGGAGAAAAAGCCAAAGAAACGUGGCCGGAAAAAGAAACGGCCCGCAGAUGAAGAUUUAGAAGUGGAGAGAGGAGCAAAAGGCAUAAAAGAAGAUUUGGAGACAGAUGCCUUGUGGGAAAGACCCGUGCGAAAGAACCGAGGACUCAAGAUGAAGCGGUACCUGUCCCAGUGGAGGAAGUCGGGCAAAGCGCAGGGCGGCAUCGGCACCAGUAGCGGGCCCCUGGAUUCAGCCAGAAGCAGCGACUUGGACGACAGAACAUGCAAGGUCUGUGGCAAAGUUGUGACCCAGGCCAAGUUCCUACAGCGGCACAUGAACCAACACUCAGACGAGCUGCCGGUCGCUUGUCUCGUGUGCAAAAAGUUUUACAAGAGUUUGCGUUUCUUGCAGCAGCACAAAUGCGGCAUUUCAAAAGAAUCCAAGGCUGGCGUGACGGCCAAAGACGAAGAGAUGGCUGCGGACGGGGAAAAAUCUCCCAGUGAAGUUCCAUGUGAAGCAUCCAAUGAAAAACACGCUUCAGACGGCACCGUCCAGGACCCGGACUACUGCCCCUCGGCAGAGAGGUCUUCCAGGGGAUCAGGGCAGAGGAGCCCUGAAGACAGCAAGAGCCUGCUGGAAGGUCCCUUCUACUGUCCCCACUGCAGCGUCGAGUUCAAGUGCAAACAAACGUUUAGGUACCAUUUAAGAAACAUUUGCUACAACGAGCAGCAGGUAGAUCCAGAGAAGCCAGAAGAUGAAAAGCACUGUUUCAAAUGUAACGAAUGCGACAAGGCGUUUAAGUACAAGUCCACAUUGGAUUCCCACAAACAGACGCACAAUCCGCUGUACUGCGAAGUGUGUAUGAAAUUAGUACGUGAUUCCGAAGCCCUGGCCAUGCACCGGGAAUCCCACACGCCAUUUCAGUGCAACCGGUGUGAGGAGAACUUCCCUGUGUUCAAAGCCCUUCACAAGCAUUACAUCGAUGUCCACAACCCCACCGAGCCCUUCACCUGCACCCACUGUGAGACGUCUUUCGCCAGCUUGAAGCGUUUUAUCAGACAUGAGUGGAAGCACACCGGGUACCAACCGUUUCAGUGCGUUCACUGUGCUAAAAGGUUCCGAUCGUACUCCGACCUCGUAGAGCACCAGAAAAAACACACUAAAGCGUAUCCCUUCCUCUGCUGGGAAUGUGGCAAGAAGUUCAGGCACGGCGUCACGUUGACGAGGCACGUGGAGCGCGUGCAUCACGCCGGAGAGCCCAUGCCCGAGAAACCCACCCCGAUCUUCACCUGCCCUCAGUGCGGGAAGACCUUCACCUCCAGGAGGUGCCUUCUGAAGCACGACAACUUCCACCACAAAGGAAUGCGUUUCCCGUGCGAGUACUGUGGAAAGGGUUUCUUUGGCAAGGACGCGUUGGUGCGGCACACUUUGAUUCACACCGGGGAAAGGCCUUUCAAGUGUGAUGACUGCGAUAAGUCUUUCAGGUCUGCAGCAGAGUUGAAGAUACACCGGAGGUACCACACUGGGGAAAGACCGUUCAAGUGCAACAUCUGUGAAAAGGGUUUUGUCCAGUCCUGUUUUCUUACUUUACACAUGCGAACCCACACCGGCGAGAGGCCGUAUGUCUGUACAACCUGUAGUAAGGGCUUUUCCAGCUUGCAUGGUCUAAAAAGACACAGGAGACUUGUUCAUGCUUAGUUGAUCUUGUCGUACUAAUCCACAGAAGAAGGUUAAUUACCACUUUAACAUGCCCAUUUUCAAUGAAGUAAAAAUUUAGCUUUAACCUUACAUCAGAAUUUACAAAAACCAGAUUGACCCUCUGAAGGGGAAAAGAGUUUUCCAGUGUAAUAUGUUCCUUACAAUGUCUCAGUGCUACAGCUAUGGUUGCCACAAGCUUGGAUUGUUAGAAAAUGUGUAAUUGUAUUGCAUUAUUAAAAAAUGUAUCUUUGUAUUUUUUACAGACAUUUCUUUUGCUGUAGUCCUACAUAACAUUUGUAUGUAUAAAUGAUUUAAAGUUUAAUUCCUUUAGGAAUCUAUUCUUUUCUUGAAUAAAAAUUCUAA